AUUCAGAAGCUGUUUCCUGUCCUGUUAGUUGGUGCUCAUUUCUUUGUUAUUGUAGGGUUUUAAUCGUUUGCAUGCACUGGGAGCGCUCGCCUGUGUGUUAUUGAAAGUAUUAAGGAUCUGAACAGAUAUGGGAAUCGGCAGAGAGAGAAUAUGGUGAUCAUCAAUUCAAUUCUGAAGCUGCUGCAGCGGCAGACGUAUACCUGCCUGUCACACCGCUAUGGACUCUACCUGUGCUUCGGAGGGAUUGUCUUGAUGAUUGUAUCAGCGUUUCAGUUCGGAGAGGUGGUGGUGGAGUGGAGUAGGGAUCAGUACCACGUCCUCUUCGACUCUUAUCGGGACAACGUGGCCGGCAGAUCCUUCCAAACCAGGUUGUGUCUGCCGAUGCCUAUUGAUGUGGUGUACACCUGGGUGAACGGGACAGACGCGGCUCUCCUGAAGAACCUGAAGAACGUCAGAGACCAACUGGAGGAGGAACAGAGAACUCUGAGGGAGCGCCUAGGCAGGAACAGCAGUGAAGUUACGGAGGCGCCCAAGCAGGGUGAGCGUCUGGAAUGUCUCCUCUCCCAUUGCAUCUUGGGUCCCAUCCUGGUUCUAGACCCCUCAUUGGCUGCCAACACGUCAAUCAAGGAUCUGCCGGCCCUAUGCUCCGCCUCUUGUCCCGCCCUAGCCGCCGCCAAACAGAUCCUAUUGGCUGCCAAGCCGCUGCAGCCCUCCAAUAGCGUCACAGUGCUCAUCUUCCACUCACAGGAUGACGUGGAUAAGGCCCAGACUGAGCUUCAGAAGGAGCUUCCCAAACACACUGUCUACAGAGGAUACCUGACGACUGAUAAGGAUUCUCCUGGCUUGGUGCGUCUCCAGUCUCUUGCCUACCUGAGUGGUUUCCCCCCCUCGCUGAAGGAGACCGAGCAGCUGAGGAACAAACUGCCCUCUGUUGUCACCACCAAGAUCAAACAGCUGCAGCUCUUCUCUGAGGCCAGUAUUGCUCUGCUGCACCUCAACUCUCCUCAAGACUUUGCUGAUCUGAGUCAGCAGGCCAAGAAGAAUCUCACGCUGGACGCCAAGGAGCUCAGCAUUAGCCCCGCCUACCUCUUCUGGGACCUGAGCGCCAUCACACAGUCUAAGCAGGAUGAGGAUGUGUCCGCGAGCCGUUUUGAGGAUAACGAGGAGCUCCGCUAUUCGCUGCGCUCGGUGGAGAGACACGCCCCCUGGGUGCGGCAUAUCUUCGUGGUGACCAAUGGGCAGAUCCCCUCGUGGCUCAACCUCGACAACCCUCGCGUUACCGUGGUUACCCACCAGGAGAUCUUCCUGAACCAGAGCCACCUGCCCACCUUCAGCUCUCCUGCUAUCGAGAGCCAUCUCCACCGCAUCCCCGGCCUCUCGCAGAAGUUCAUCUACCUGAACGAUGACGUCAUGUUCGGGAAGGACGUCUGGCCUGACGACUUCUAUUCACACUCGAAAGGACAGAAGGUCUAUUUAACGUGGCCGGUCCCCAACUGUGCCGAGGGCUGCCCGGGCUCCUGGAUUAAAGAUGGCUACUGUGACAAGGCCUGCAACAACUCAGCCUGCGACUGGGACGGGGGAGACUGUCUUGGUGCGGGUGGCAGCAGUCGUUUCGGGGGGGGUGUUGGGGGGGUAGCGGGGGGUGGUAACGGAGGGGCGGCGUGGCAGUUCCCCGGGGGGCUGGGGGGGCUGGGAGGCGUAGGGGGCGUGUCCUUCUGCAAUCAGGGAUGUGCCAACUCCUGGCUCGCGGACAAGUUCUGUGACCAGGCAUGCAACGUGCUCACCUGCGGCUACGACGCCGGAGACUGUGGAGACGAGCACUUCAGUGAUCUGUAUCGUGUGGUGCUGAUGAGAAACCAGAGUCUCUACAGUCUCCCACAGGGGGAACUCAGACCGUACUUCAGCUUCAGUGGAAUAGCACACAGAGCUACUGAAGCACAGGUGAGUGACAGCCUGGUGCUGCGCCACACUAGCGUCGCUAAUAAGUUUAAGAGUGUCCACCUGCUGCUCUUCGCCGGCCUCAACGCCACCACACUGCACUACAACAUCACCUUCCAGUCAGCUGACGACUCCCUCUUCAACAUGGCCUUCGCCGUCGCCGUGGAUACCAGGGAGAUCGCCCCUAGCAACGGCAACAACAACAACAGCAGCACCACGUCGACCAGCGACGGCACGGGAGGCAGCCGGAAGGAGAAAGAUGACAAGCCCAACGCAGCCACACCUGAACCCAAGGUGGUGUUCGCGGAGGUGCCUGAGGAGAAGAGGGGUCCUCGCGUGAUCAGGAAGCGGCCGUCUGAGGUGUCCGUGGAGGUGCCUGCUGUAAACGUCUCCCUGCUGCCCGACGAGGUUCAGUACGAACUCCACCUGCUGAAGGACAAACUGGACGCAGGAGACAUCACCCUGAGGGGGUACAACAUCACCAAGGCAACCAUACUGGCACCUUACAGGGACCAGCCCAGAUACCGUCUCCACGACAACCCAGCCAUCCCAGCGGCACCGAAACAGGAAGGGGAAGAGGAACAAGCGCCUGCAGACACACAACAGCAGAAGAAGCCAUACAAAGACCUGGAGACAGAGGAGAGGGGGAAGAGAGAGGAGGGAGAGAAGAGAGAGGAGAGGGGGAUAGAUGGACAGAAAGAAAGAGUGAAGAGGAACGAGGGAGCAGCAGCCACACAGGACGAAGUGAUAGAGAAGAAAGCAGGAGAGGAGAAGAAAGCAGGAGAGGAGAAGACGGAGGAGAAAGAUCCCCAGGUGAAGAUCCAUCAGGUGACACUGGUGCCGAUUGCCAUCGAUGACAAACCAGCUCACCGAGUAGAGGAGGGGGAGAGGGAUAGAGAACGAGCAGCGAAGGGAGAGAGAGAAGGAAAGAAUGGGAGAGGGGGAGAGAGAGAAGGAAAGAGAGUUAGCGAGGGAGAGCGUCCCAAGUCGGAGGGGGGAGCAGCAUCCAAACUCCUCAGCACCCUGCGAGGGGAACUCAGUAAGGGGCGCAGCGGAGAGAGACAGCGGGGAGGAGGAGGAGGAGGAGGAGGAGGAGUAGUAGUAGGAGGAACAGGAGUAGUAGUAGGAGAAGCAGCAGCAGGAGGAAGAGGAGGAGCAGCAGCAGCACCUAAAGUCAAGGAGGAGCAGCCUCAGGGGAGAGACGAGCAUCAGGGAGACUCACCUAAAGACAAAGAAAAGCAGUCUCAGGACGCAGGGAAACAGCCAGGAGACCCACCUCUGGACGCAGGGAAACAGCCAGGAGACCCACCUCUGGACGCGGGGAAGGAGGCAGCGGCUGUAGCACCUGAAGGGAGAGACCACCAGGCAGCGGUAGCACCUGAAGGGAGAGACCACCAGGCAGCGGUAGCACCUGAAGGGAGAGACCACCAGGCAGCGGUGGCACCUGAAGGGAGAGACCACCAGGCAGCGGUAGCACCUGAAGGGCAGCUGGGAGCCCCACGCCAGGAGAGGGAGGCUGAGGGAGAGGACCGAGGAGGAGGAGGAGGAGGAGGAGGAGGAGGAGGAGAUCAUCAUGAGACUCUCCAGCGCCCCCCACUGGGCAGGAGGCUGCAGCACUUCCUGAACUCAGACCGCGGCUUUCUGCCCUGGGAGAGGACCAAGUACUUCCAGGACCUACUGGAGGAAGGGGAGCGUUUGGAGGCGGAGCUUCAGUAUGCUCCAGACGGCGCUGCCAUUGGUCGAAAGCUGCAGGACACCUUUGCUGAUUCGCUGAGAUACGUGAACCGGCUCCUGAAUGGCCAGUUCGGGUUCACCUCACGCAAAGUUCCCGCCCACAUGCCUCACAUGAUCGACAGAAUCAUCAUGCAGGAGCUGCAGGACGUGUUUCCUAAGGAGUUUGAUAAGACGUCAGCUCAUCGUGUUCGCCACAGUGAGGAUAUGCAGUUUGCGUUUUCAUAUUUUUACUUCCUGAUGGGGGCGCCAGACCGGCUCAACAUCUCGCAGCUGUUUGAUGAGAUCGACACCGACCACUCAGGAAUCCUCUCCGACCGUGAGAUUCGAACCCUCGCCACACGCAUACACGACCUGCCUCUCAGCCUGCAGGACCUCACUGGGCUGGAGCAGAUGCUGAUUAACUGUUCCAAGACUCUUCCCUCCAACCUGACUGGCCUGCACCUGAUCAACCCAACACAGGAGGCUUACUAUGAUCCUAGCAUGCCCCCGGUCACUAAGGGCCUGGUUAUGAACUGCCAGCCCAUCUCAGAUCGCAUCCACAAGGCCUUCAAGGACCAGAACAAAUACAAGUUUGAGAUUAUGGGUGAGGAGGAGAUUGCCUUUAAGAUGGUGCGGACCAACGUCUCCCAUGUUGUCGGACAACUGGACGACAUCAGGAAAAACCCCAGGAAGUUCAUCUGCCUGAAUGACAACAUAGACCACACGCAUAAGGAUGCGGCGACGGUGAAGGCGGUGCUUAGAGACUUCUAUGAGUCCAUGUUUCCUCUGGCGUCGCAGUUCGAGCUGCCCAGAGAGUACAGGAACCGCUUUCUACACAUGAGGGAUCUACAGGAGUGGCGUGUGUACAGGGACAAGUUGAAGUUCUGGACCCACUGUGUUCUCAUCACGCUGGUAGUCUUCACAGUCAUGUCUUUCUUCGCAGAACAGUUGAUCCUCCUGAAGCGUCGUCUGUUUCCAAGGAGACGAGUGAGUAAGGAGUCUACCUCUGAGCGCGUGUGACCCGCCAGCCAAUCAGAAGAAGACGUUUAUGUUGACAAGGACGUCACUUCACCUCUACUUUUAAUUGCUCUCAUCCCUCCCUACCUCCACCCCUCCCUCCCGUCUCACUAUGAUCCCUCACUCUCUCCCUCUGAGUGUCCUGGAGAGAAGAGAGAGAGAUGGAGUCAAGCUUGAGAGGAGGAGAAGAGAGGAGAAAGAGGAGAAGGGAGGAGAAAGAGGGGAGGAGGAAGAGGAGAGGAGAGGAAAGGAGAGGAGAAGAGAAGAGAAGAGAGGAGAGGAGGC